AUGGAUUCCACUUCAGGCGCGCAGAAGGAUGUCCAGCUGGACACUCUCAAUCACAGACCUGAAGGACGACAUUCUUUACACAGUGGAAGCAGUACUGCUCAUGGUGGGAAUGGAGAGCUCAAUCAGAAAGAUGUCGAGAAUUUUGAUGCGGAAUCCAUGCCUAGCCCUGGAGCCAGUACACCAGAUGAAGAUGCUCAGAAUGGUGUGAAGAAUAUGGAGGCUGUGGCCAUGACAUGGAAGAAAUGGGGCUUGAUAUUUGCUUAUACCAGUAUCUUUCUCAUGGCAUUCUCGACUUCUCUAGAAGGGCAAGUCGUUCAGUCAGUAUCGGUAUUUGCGACGAGUUCUUUCCAAACGCAUUCUUUGAUUUCUACUGUCUAUGUCGUGCAAGGAGUUGUCAAUGCUGUGAUAAAAACGCCCAUGGCGAAAGUAGCAGACGUAUUCGGUCGUCUCGAAGCUUUCUCCUUCAGCAUCCUCCUCUACGUACUCGGCUACAUCCAAAUGGCCGUCUCCAAAAACGUCGAGACUUUCGCAGCAGCUCAGAUCUUCUACUCAGCUGGCAGCACUGGUCUGCAGAUUCUUCAGCAGAUUUUCAUUGCCGAUACGAGCGAUCUCUUGAACAGAGCCUUGUGGUCUAGUUUACCGGACAUUCCAUUCUUGAUCACGGUCUGGAUAGGAUCGCUGAUCGGAAAUGAUAUUUUGGAUACGACUACCUGGAGAUGGGGAUAUGGAAUCUGGUGUAUUAUCUUGCCGGUCAUGUUUAUGCCACUCGCUUUGUCUUUGUUUCUGAACAAUCGGAAAGCGAGGAAGCUUGGUUUAACCACCGAGACUCAAUUCAAUGGUAUGAGCCCGUGGCAAGUUGUCAAGCAUCUCUGGUUCGAGCUUGAUCUGGGCGGAAUUCUCCUUCUGAGCGCAGCAUUCGCACUUAUCCUGAUCUCACUCACUAUUGCAUCACGACAAUCAUCUGGAUGGGCAUCUGGAAAGAUCAUCGCUAUGCUCGUGAUCGGAAUAACUUGCUUCGUUGUCUUUCCCUUCUGGGAGAAUAUCAAGAAACUCGCUCCGCACCCAUUGAUUCCAAUGCACCUACUCAGAUCCCGCACUUUCAGUGCAGGGUGUGGUGUUGGUUUCUUCUACUUCAUGUCGUUCUACCUCUCCGUCCAGCCAUACUUCUACUCCUACCUCAUCGUCGUGCAAGGCAAAUCCAUCACAUCCGCCGGCCGAAUUGUACAGACCUUCUCCUUCUCCUCAACCGUCUCUUCGAUCAUCAUUUCCUUCUUCAUCAAGUACACAAAAUACUACAAGCCAUACGUCGUCUUCGGAACAUGCAUCUACAUCAUGGGAAUCGGCCUCAUGAUCAGAUAUCGCACCAUGGGCGUCUCGACCGGGGCACUCGUCGGCACACAAAUCGCAGUGGGCAUUGGCGGUGGUAUGAUUAACGUCCCAGCACAACUAGGAGUCCAAGCCAGCACCGAUCAUCAGCACGUCGCAGUCGCUACAGCCGUGUUCCUUACCUGUGUAGAACUCGGUGGUGCAGUCGGCUCAGCUAUUUCUGGUGCGAUUUGGAGUAAGAACAUCCCCGUGAAAUUGAAUCAGUAUCUCCCAGAUGCGACGAAGAGCAAUGCCACGGCCAUCUAUAACAAUAUCAAUAAUGCUGUUGUUUAUCCAAUGGGCUCGCCCGAGCGCGAGGCGAUUAAUAGAGCGUAUCAGGAGACGAUGCAUACAUUGCUUAUUAUUGCGAUUUGUGUCACUGUGCCGAUUUUUCUGCUGAGCUUGUUGAUGAGGAAUUAUAAUCUUGAUAAGAUGGAACAGAGUGUUAAGGGACGAGUUAUUGGUGGGACAGUUAAGGAGGGGCAGGGGUUCGAGAGUGUUAGAAAGGAGGGGAGUGGUGGUAGAAUGGGUUUGGGAAAGUGGUUGCAAUUGCCAGGGAUGAAGAAGCGGCCUGCUAAGCAUGAAGAACCUGAUGUUGUGUCGUAA